AUUCUCACUAGUCUAAACUUCAAACUGUUGGUUCUCAGUGUAGGUAGUGGUCUUGAAAUACACGUCCUUUGUGGUAGAUUCUCACUAGUCUAAACUUCAAACUGUUGGUUCUCAGUGUAGGUAGUGGUCUUGAAAUACACGUCCUUUGUGGUAGAUUCUCACUAGUCUAAACUUCAAACUGUUGGUUCUCAGUGUAGGUAGUGGUCUUGAAAUACACGUCGUUUGUGGUAGAUUCUCACUAGUCUAAAUUUCAAACUGUUGGUUCUCAGUGUAGGUAGUGGUCUUGAAAUACAUAUCCUUUGUGGUAGAUUCUCACUAGUCUAAACUUCAAACUGUUGGUUCUCAGUGUAGGUAGUGGUCUUGAAAUACACGUCGUUUGUGGUAGAUUCUCACUAGUCUAAAUUUCAAACUGUUGGUUCUCAGUGUAGGUAGUGGUCUUGAAAUACAUAUCCUUUGUGGUAGAUUCUCACUAGUCUAAACUUCAAACUGUUGGUUCUCAGUGUAGGUAGUGGUCUUGAAAUACACGUCGUUUGUGGUAGAUUCUCACUAGUCUAAAUUUCAAACUGUUGGUUCUCAGUGUAGGUAGUGGUCUUGAAAUACAUAUCCUUUGUGGUAGAUUCUCACUAGUCUAAACUUCAAACUGUUGGUUCUCAGUGUAGGUAGUGGUCUUGAAAUACACGUCGUUUGUGGUAGAUUCUCACUAGUCUAAAUUUCAAACUGUUGGUUCUCAGUGUAGGUAGUGGUCUUGAAAUACAUAUCCUUUGUGGUAGAUUCUCACUAGUCUAAACUUCAAACUGUUGGUUCUCAGUGUAGGUAGUGGUCUUGAAAUACACGUCGUUUGUGGUAGAUUCUCACUAGUCUAAAUUUCAAACUGUUGGUUCUCAGUGUAGGUAGUGGUCUUGAAAUACAUAUCCUUUGUGGUAGAUUCUCACUAGUCUAAACUUCAAACUGUUGGUUCUCAGUGUAGGUAGUGGUCUUGAAAUACACGUCGUUUGUGGUAGAUUCUCACUAGUCUAAACUUCAAACUGUUGGUUCUCAGUGUAGGUAGUGGUCUUGAAAUACAUAUCCUUUGUGGUAGAUUCUCACUAGUCUAAACUUCAAACUGUUGGUUCUCAGUGUCUUGAAAUACACGUACUUUGUGGGAGAUUUUCACUGGUCUAAACUUCAAACUGUUAAUUUUAUAGGUUAGUAUUUUGCUAAACGUUUUAAACUGGUAUAUUUUGCAGGUGUUAGAUAAAUAUCCACAUAGCAAAGUGUUGGCCUGUGCUCCGUCGAAUAGCGCGGCUGAUCUGAUUUUAGAACGAGUGGCUGAACACCAGAUCGUGCCGAAGGCGCAGAUGGUCCGUCUCAAUGCAUUUGGUCGUGGUGAGAAUUCGGUCAAUAAGAAGAUUCUGGUAUGUGGUUUCUUUUAUUAAAACAAAAAGUGUACUGAAAAAAAGCACAGUUACUGUUGGUGACAAUUUCGAAAAAUUUGGUUGACCAAUACACUCCUUCGCACAAAUUUUAUAUAUGAAAAAAACACGAGUUAGUUUUGAGUGUUUCUAGAGAGAUAUUCGGCUGUGUUCUAAAAGCUCACUCACACUCAAUGAGUGGAGGUUCAAUCUGAGCUUUUCUUGAGUGUCAAUGUUGUUUUUGAAUAGCUGGAUGGUGAGUAGUCACAUAGUAAGGUACGACACUAGCCCUCCAGCUAUUCAAAAACAGCAAUGACACUCGAGAGAAGCUCACAUUGAACUUCCACUCAUUGAGUGUUAGUGAGCUUUUAGAAUACGGGCGAUUGUCUUUAGAAGGUAAUCCAAUAGUGCUUCUUCUCCUAAUAUUUCUAGGAAUAUUGCAUCAGCGACGGAGAUGGGUUUUUUCGUUUCCCCCGAAAAGAUGAGAUUGAGAAUAAUUACAGAUUUGUUGUGACUACUUUGAUAUCUGCUGGAAGGUACUAACUAUAUGUGUCGAUGAAACUUUGACGCGUUCAAUAAAUAUCACAAAGCUUGCGAGUUGCUGUUUAAAGAAUUCAUUUUUUCUAAGUCCUCCAUCACUGCCUAUCAAAACGUGGCCGUCCAUAAGACUGUUGGACGCAUGCUUGGCUAAAUCUGCGUGGUCUCCGCAAGGGAGUUUGCGCAAGCUGUUACAGGUCUGCAAACAAGUUGUUACAAAUCUGUUCACAAGCUAUCGACAAGUUGUGUUCGCACUGCUUGUUCCCAGUUGUUGUAACAAGUUUGAAACAAGCUGUUAACAACUUGUAAACAAGCUUGAUGACAUUAUCAGAUUUGUUACAAGGUUGUUCUAACAAGUCUGAUACAGUCAUGAUAUAACAAGAAUGUUACAAGGUUGACGACACAAGGUUGUAACAAUGUUGUUAUAUCAUGACUGUAUCGGAUUUGUUGGAACAACCUUGUUACAAGUCUAAUAAUAUCAACAAGCUUGUUACAAGUUGUUUACAGCUUGUUCCAAACUUGUUGACAACUUGGGACAAGCAGUGCGAACACAAUUUGUUGACGGCUUGUUCGCAGACUUCUACAAGAUGUGAGAUUUUUGCGUACAAUCUACCGUACAGUAUGUAGAAGGAGGAUUUGGAACUAUCUUGGCAAACAUUAAAAAUUUCGAUGUUUAUUACCGUGCUGUCGGCAUCAUUUUACUUUGAACUGAUGUAGUGAUAUUUGGAAAUUAUUGUUAGACUUUUUCAAAACGAUGUCCAUUUUCAUUGCUAUAGGUUGGUGUCGUUGGGGAUUCCUAAAUCUCAUUUUACCCACGUGUUUAUUGACGAGGCUGGCCAGGGUAUGGAACCUGAAUGUCUGGUACCCAUUGUAGGAUUGCUGGAGACACAAGGCCAUAAUCCUGGACAAUUGGUGUUGGCUGGGGAUCCUAAACAACUUGGUCCUGUACUGCGAUCACCUAUCGCGAUCAAGGUAUUUACUUAAAGAUGUUGUUAAUUAGUUAAAGGACAAGUUAAUUCAGUUUUGGUUUCGUUUUGUAGUGAUGCAAAUUAGUUUAGUGUAGGUUUCCUCCUGUAGCAACACUGGAUCAAUAAGGGAUGAUCCUUAAUGGACCUCUAGGGAGAAUAGUUUAGAACUGAUAGAGCUAUCCAGUAUAAAUAAAGCUAUACUUUAGCUUAGGUUUCCUCCUGUGGUAACACUGGAUCAAUAAGAGAUGAUCCUUACUGGGUCUCUAGGAAGAACAGUUUAGAACUGAUAGAGCUAUUUAGUAAAUAAAAUUAUUUUAGUUUAGGUUUCCUCCUGUAGUAACACUGGAUCGAUAAGAGAUGAUCCUUACUGGGCCUCUAGGAAGAACAGUUUACAACUGAUAGAGUUAUUCAAUAUAAAUAAAAGUUAGUCUAAUUAUAUUGCUUAUUUUUUCCUAAUUUUUAAUAUAUAUAGUUUGGCUUGGGUAUGUCGUUUCUUGAACGUCUCAUGGGUCCAAAUUUCAGCUGCUUUAAUCGUCAAGGAUUGAGCGACCAGUACGAGCCAAAGUUGGUCACAAAAUUGUUGAAUAAUUACCGAUCACACCAUGCUAUUAUUGAUGUUAGUAAGGAGUUUUGAGAUUGACAUUUGGUUAAUGGUGGCGCAGUGGUUAAUCGCAAUAUUCAGUUGCCUGGUUGUAGUCUUAGAGUUUCUCCAGUUCAUUCAUUUAUUUAACUACUCUAUACCAAACGCUGUUUUUUUUUCGCGUAUUCCGAUUUCCUCCUGUAGUAUAACGCUGGAUCAAUAAGAAAUGAUCCCUACUGGGCCUCUAUGGAGAACAGUUUAGAAUUGAUAGAGCUAUCGAGUAUAAAUAAAGUUAGUUUAGUUUAUGUUUCCUCCUGUAGUAACACUGGAUCAAUAAGAAAUGAUCCCUACUGGACCUCUAGGGAGAACAGUUUAGAACUAAUAGAGCUAUCCAGUAUAAAUAAAGUUAGUUUAGUUUAGGUUUUCUUCUGUAGUAACACUGGAUCAAUUAGAGAUGAUCCUUACUGGACCUUUAGAGAGAACAGUUUAGAACUGAUAGAGCUAUCCAGUAGAAAUAAAAUUAGUUUAGUUUAGAUUUCCUCCUGUGGUAACACUAGAUCAAUAAGAAAUUAUCCUUACUGGACCUCUAAGGAGAAUAGCUUAGAACUGAUAGAGCUGUCCAGUAAUUCAUAACUUAAGGUUAAACUUUAUUCUUUAAGCUUCCUAACGAGAUGUUCUAUGACGACGAGUUACGCGUAUGUGCAGACGAAGCACAACGGACCUGCCUUUGUCGCUGGAGUGGUCUGAAAAAGCAAGGUUUUCCUGUGAUCUUCGAAGCCGUCUGCGGCAAAGAUCAAAGAGAGGAGAACAGUCCAUCGUUUUUCAAUCCUGAAGAAGUUUCAGUGGUAUUGCGUUAUGUGAGAGAAUUGAAGGAAGCCAGGGGUAUACCUUUGGAAACCUCUGAGAUUGGAAUUAUUUCACCUUAUCAUAGGCAGGCAAGUUGAGUCAAAGAUAGUUUAUUAAGUCGGUAAACUCAUUUCGAGAUCACACCAAUUAUAAGCUAUAGAUAUUAUAACCAUAGAUAAACAAGAUAUAGAUACCAUCAGUUUCGAUGCUCGUUCUCUCCCAUCAGCGUGAUGGGUUACAUGCCUCCAGUCAGGAGGUAUCAAUGUGUCUGUAUUUACUAGUUAAAACAUGCAUGAGCAGCCGAUCUGUAUCUGAUAUACAAACUCGAGCCGAAAACGAGAGUUUGUAUAUCAGAUACAGAUCGGAUGCGAAUGCUUUAUCGUAGGCCUACUUAAAAAAUGACCCAUCUUAUGAGUUCAUUGGCGAAGUAAUUUUAAAAAUAAACAUUGUCUAAGCCGGGAAAAUCAAAGCUGAAGUUUAUGUAAAUCAGGACAAAUCUUUAUGGAUCCGAUUUACAAACAUUGAUUAAACAUUCAUUUCUUUUAUAUUUUCCUCGUGAAUUAUUAAUGAAUUUUUUAAGAUGACAUACAUCAUACAUAUAAGUGCACCUGUGUGAUGAUAUACAUCAUGCAUACAUCAUAAAACUGUAUUGUUUGAACAUGCCAAAAUUUACUGAAAAACCAAUUGGUUUCCGAACGGUUGAUUCGCUUCAAAUUAGAAGACAUAAUCCUUUAGGUGUGCCUUCUUUUGUUUUGCUUCGCACAGACACAAAAUAUUGUAGCACACGAAAUUAUUGAACAGAACCCCCGAACAUGCAUCAAUUUAGUCUCAGCUACAUUUUGUGGUUGAACUACAAUUUAUCAGAAAGAAUAAAUGACGCAGAAUACGCCAUUCGGUACCGCAGUCGAGACUCUGGACUGGCUUAGGCCUAAAAAAAUACCUGUGGUUCCGGUUUCAUAUCUUGAAAAAAUUAGGGUUGGUAGGUCGGAAAUUUUUUUUUUGAAUAUUUUUUCAUGGUUUUGGCGUUUUUUUGCUGGGCGAUUUUCAGUAGAGUUCCGACAUCAAUAUUAACUAGAGAUGCGUAUUUCCUAUGGACAAAUUUAGGCAAUUUGGUUCAAUAAUUAGUGUGACAACAGACGCCAUUUUGGCACGCUGUAUGAGCAGCCCGCAACCACCUGGAGAAAAUAGGGUCGCACGGUCAAUCGCGUUGAAAAAAUAAAAGGGUCGGCAGAAAAAAAUGGGAUCGGUCGGGAACUGGAACCACAGGUAUUUUUUUCUUGGGCCUUAAGGAGGGUCUGAAUGGGGUUAACUGACUACUGACAUUUGCCUGAAUUUUUGACUGACAACUGACAAAAUAUCCUAACUGACUACUGAGAAAUGAUGAAGUCAGCAUUUUGCAGUAACUGACUACUGACAGCUUGCAAUAUAUCGCACUGACAACUGACAAUUGGCUUAAAUUUUAGCUGACAACUGACACCCAAAGACCCCCAUUAAGACCCUCCUUAAGGCUGCAUUCCAGUUACGCGUUUUUCAUACGUGCGUACACGCACGUAAAAGUUGAAUUCGCUUUAUAUGCACACUACUUAUGAAAUAACUAAAUUUAUAAAAGGACGGCAGCAUUCAGUUUUGUGUAUUUGUUAAGGUUAUUUGCACUUAUAUCAUUUUAUGCGAAUUCAACUUUUACGUGCGUGUACCAAGAAAGAAAAACGCGUAACUGGAAUGCAGCCUUUAGUAUAUUAGGUUUGACAGAUUUUAAUUAUUCCGUAUAUAUUUGUUUUAGGUUCAAAAGAUCCGGCGAGAACUGCUACAAAGACCUUUGAGAGUCAAGGACAUUAAAGUAGGAUCGGUGGAAGAAUUUCAAGGGCAGGAGAGAAAAGUGAUUAUCAUCUCGACCGUGAGAAGCAGUGAGGAAUUCCUGAAGUUAGAUGCUCAACAUAAACUCGGCUUUCUUAAGAACCCUAAGGUAGGUUUGACUUUUUGACUGAUUCGGGAUAUCGAGUUAGAGAAAGUUACACAGUCACGAAUAAACGCACAUCUUUUAACAAACCUAUAGCGGACCCGUACCAAUGCUGUUUCAACAACUUGUCACCACAGCGUGUUCGCACUGCUUGUUCCCAGCUUGUUGGCAAGUUGUUACAAGUUUGUUGAGCUCAACAGACUUGUUACAAGUUGUUCCAACAACUUGUUGUCGUCCUGAAUCGUUCUGCAAUUUAACAACUUGUUAAGAAGUUGUGAACACAACUUGUCGACAGCUUGCGAACAGAUUCGUAACAACUUGUGCGUUUUUACGUGCGUACAACCACUUCCGUUCUGCUCGUGUUUGUACAUUUGUCUCUUAUCGACUUUUCAUGUUUUAUUUAUUACCUCAAAACCACUACAACUCUAAUAUAAAUAUUGUCAAUUUCCACAGCGAUUCAACGUGGCAAUCACUCGAGCCAAGGCACUUCUUAUUGUAAUUGGCAAUCCUGAUGUUUUGUGUCACGAUGCACACUGGAGAAAGUAA